UGUCACGCACACAAACUCUCUCUCUCCAGAUUUGCAUCGAAUUUUUUUGGGGGGUUAAUCUGAGAGAAGCGAAAGUUGCGGGAUGCAAAGGUAUAAACCAGAUCCUUUGAGGUGGCUUUUCGAUAAGCGAAAUCCACGGAAGGAUUCGAUGAUUGAUUCACAAACUCACGCGAUCAGAAAUUUCUCGCAGUCAAACCCUAGCUGUUUGAUUGGUGGGCCCCACCGUCUUGAUACUGUUGGAACACGGAAACUGCGUGAUAUUUGCGUCGAAGAAAACAAAAGUGAAAACGCCGUGUCGUUCUUCUCUUUCAGCAUUUACAUGCUUGUCGUAUUGACGCAUAUAACACGACACGCGUUUCGUUUAUGAAAGAAGGAAACGGCGAGUAGAUUUCAGUUUACUGAUCUCUCUCCCCCAACUGAUUUAGAAAUACCGUUGCCGUCUAGCUUCGCCGUGUAUGAUUGAUUCCAUGGAGAAAAUGAUUCGCUCCUCUUGUGUUAGUUUACUCUUUUGCCUCGUGUUUCUUCUGUUCUCGAGUUUAUACGGUUCCUUACAUCUCGUCGAAGCAGGGAAGAUCGAGAUCACCGACGAUCUAGACGACGUGGAAGACAAUGAAGAAGACGAUUCAUGGAAACAGUGGGGGAGUAAAGCAGCGACGCCGGAGUUCGAUCCGCCUCCGGAUUUCUCCGACAUGGGAUUCGAUCAGAUCCAAGAAGAAAUGGCUAAACGGACUUUUGCACCGGUCGUCGGAUUCGUCAAGCUCCGGUUAGGCGUUCACCGUACUAAGGAUAUGGUGGUGGAGAUUGCUAUGAGAUGGACGAAAGUUCUGAGAACAGGUGGGUUAGGAGUGAGAUUCAUGGCUGUGGAUCGAAGCACGGUGAUGUUCAAUAUGCAGAAUGGGAAGGAAGUUACUGAGCUAAGGGAGUUUGUGCUGAGCCAAGAAGAGGCUUAUGAGGUUAAGAUAGGAAAACAAGAGUUUCGAAGACCCGGAGAUCCUCCUCUUGAUGAUGUCUUUGAAAAACUUCAAGCUAAGCAAAGCAAAGAUGAUGAAGAUGGUGAUACUAGCAAGAAUGAUGUUACCAAGGAUGAACUAUAAGCCUAUACGGCCACUAAAUAUUUUUGGUUCAUUAACCAGAUAGGAUUUUGUCUCUGUAGCAGAUUGUAAGCUAAUAUGUGUUGUUCCACUUUGUUUCAAGAUUAAAUGCCUGCCCAGAACGUUCAAUUAUAGAAAUCAUUUUGAAAGACGA